GUGGUACAGUGCAACAGAUGAAAAGUCUGGAGCUAAAACACAGCACUGGGUGCUGAACGCAGGAGGGCCAGGCUUUGGUUCUGUCACUGACUCAACGUGAGACCUUUUGCCAGCCAGCCAUCUCCGUUUUCUGCUGUGGAAAAUGGGUGCACCUCUCAUGGGGGUCAAUGAGAUUGUGUGAAACAUUUGCAGAUGCUAGAAGAUCCGGUUCUGCUGAAAUACAGUCUCGUUGAUUAUUGUUGUGUUACAGAAGUCUCCAAGAACUCCUACACCUGUGAUGAGGAUUUACGGGCACAGGCACUUAAUGAGAUGUGAGCCUUCUACUCUCUUUCCUGCUUUUUUUUUCCUUUUUUUUUUGUUGAAGGAUGACCCUGAUCUCUGCCAUGUUUCUUCUGGUUCCCAUGGUGACUACAGCUCAUAGAUAGAGGGAGGGAUGUUCCCUAGCAACUGUCCCUGCCGUUCAGCCUUCAUACCACCUCCAUACCUGGACUUCAGCAGGACCUGUCUGCUUGUAGGAAUCACCGUGGCAUCACGUCAGGGGCCAUGGAGCAGGGGGUGCUAGAGGUCCCACCAUCCCCUGCGCCUGAUGUGGCAGAAAGUGACCCUGUGCUGGCCGGCAAUACAUCAGUGAAACCUGAGGAAGAAAAAAAGGAGCAUCUUCCAGCAGGCUUACGUCCCAGCAGACGGAGAACAUCCCAAAGGAGCUCCAGCAGAGCCUCUUGGAAGACCUCCAAAAGCCCAGCAGCUCAGGGAACAGCAAAGAACUCCACAUCUAUUAAAUGCCGGGCAUCUCUUUCUGCAAAGUGUAUUCAGACUAAAAGACAGAGCAAACAGAAUCUCCAGGCCAAAACUCCCCCCGCUCAGGGCCAUCAUUCAAGAAAACUUGAAGAGGAAAGAGAAGAUGGCUCUGCCACCAAAGACCCCAGAGUGGGGCAUGAGCCAAGAGGGAGGAACGGCACUAACUGCCUGUGUACAACAUCCAGGCAGAGGGAGAUGGAGGACAACAAAUCCAUUUCAAAUGCCAAAGAACCAGUAGCGAGCCAGCACCAAAUGCCAGGCACCAGAGUGCCUGGAUCUCCCUGGAAGACCACCAAAGCUAGCUGUGAAAAAGCCAAGGCGACCUGCAGCAGAUUUAGUGCCAAAGAGUCCUUAUCAUCAUUAGGGCCUGAUAUGAAAGCAGAGUGGAAGCUGCUUCUGCAGAAGAGAAACAGCUUGAUCCAUGAAAACAGCAAAUAUAAAUUUUCCAGUGCAGAUGAACUUGCCAGCAAUGAAGAGGAACGGCGAGCUCUGUGCAAGGCAGCACUAAUCAUAGGACAGAAAAGACUCAGCGACCGCACUGAGAUGCUAAAAAAACGCCUGGAGUCUUCAACAUUUGCUGAAUACAAUGAGCUGGGUUUUAACCUGAGGUCAAAUAUCUUCCAAGGUGGCCCACUGGAGAGCAGGAGCUUGAUGAAAGAUUCCUACACCCCCGAUGUAAUUCAGAAGGCGAUCAGGGAUCCCAAGAAUUGGCAUGGAAGGAGGACUGAUGAGCUAGGGAAAUGGCAUCAGAAAAAUGCCCUAAAUCUCAACUUGCAGAAAGCGUUGGAGGAGAAAUACGGGAAGAAAAAAGGCAAGCUUUAGAAGAUGAAGGAUAGAAAUUGGAGUGCAUUCAGCAGGGGAUCUUCCUCCUCAGCCAUCUAAUAAACCUCCGUAUAGAGCACCAGCUCA